UUAGCCGUAUUUACUUAUUUUGUAGUAUUUUACUGUUGGAGCUUGCCAACAGUAAAAGUGAGCUAUAUAGUAAAGGGAAAACCUUAUAGAAACGUGAUUUGACAUAGACAGGUUUUGGUCAACAACUGAGACAGCAAGUCCAACAACGAAACAGAAGGCUCUGCUACGGAUAAAGAAUUAUGAAGUUUGUGAAACACAAAGCCUCCUUGAGAAAGUUGGUGAAGAGCAAGUUAAAACUGAAGUCAAACUUCUUGCAAAAGUGGAGAUGCUGGAGCAACGACUUCAAAGGUAUUCUGCAGCAGAGAGGAGCCAACAUGUCGCUGAUUUCGAGACUGGUGAGCUCAAAGAACAGCUAGAAAGCGAACAGGCAGAAUUGAUCAAGUCAAUAGGGAAAAUUGACCGAGAGAAAAGCAAAAGAAAGCAGCUGGCCACUGAGCUGCAGGAAGCAGACACUAAGAUCAGUACGCUGAAACAGGAGGUAAGACAAUAUGAACAGACAAUUUUUGAAACAGAGGAAGAGGUCAGGAAGCURCAAAGAGAAAUUAAAAGACUGAGGGCGGCUAAUUUGGAUCUCAAAGACAGCUUCAGAAUCUAUGGUGACGACCUAAAUGCUAAGAGCGGAAGGUUGCUUAGGAAUAACAAGAAGGAGCUUGAGGAAUGUUCAGAUAAACUUCAGAAAACUGAAAGUAAAAAUAAAGAACUACAAAAUGACAAAGUACAGCUGAUAAACCUUCUUCAGGAAUCAGAAGUGGAAAGAGAAAGGAUAAUACUGAAGUUAAAUUACGUAAAGGGCCAGAUCCUAGAAACUGAUCAAACUUUGRACUGGCUAAGGACAGAGAAGGAUGCAGCAGAAGAUAAAUUCAGAAACUUGAAAAAAGAUAUUUACUCAAUGACUGAAAAGUUUGAUGAAAUUGCAGCUGAUGCCAGUGAAAGAGUGCAGGAAUGUAAGAAAAUGCUCCAUGAGAAGGAACACGUGAUUUUUGAGCAACAGAGAAUAAUCUUUGAWCUGAAACACGAUCUACAAUUGGCAAUAAUUGACAUGAAGGGCAGCUCUGUUGGUGUCUUGCAUCAGGCCAUCGAAGACCGGGAUAAAACAAUUGACGUCCUCUGUGAGAAAGUGGAGUACUACACUAAGCGAAUUGAGAAAAAUGUGCAAGCCUUUGAACAGCAGGAAACAAAAGGGAAGAAAGGCAAAGUCAUUUGCUUCCUUCAGUUUCAGCUAGAAGAUGCAGAACAGAGGGCAAACAACGCAGAGCAGGCACUGUAUCAUGCCAAAGUUAUGAUCAAGGAAAAACACAAAGAAGUCCAGAAGGUCUCAGAUAUUUUGAGAAAUUAUACGGCUGGUACUAAAGGUCUAAUUUUGGCCUUUAAAGACUUGGAGAAGUGGAAACAUAAAAUGAAAGUGAAACCUUGCGAAGUGGAACCAUUGACCACAGCAUUUAACCAUCUUGAGAUGAGAGUAAAAGACCUCAUGGAGGAAAAUUUGGAUGUCAAGAACAUGCAGAAAGAAGGGCAUAUAAAGGAGUUCUACAUUCCAAAAGGUCACAGACGACUGAAACCCAAAGAGGAAGACGACAAGACUGAACAGAAAACACAUGACUUAGGGGCAAGGCAUAAAACUAACCAUUUGGAGAGACACAAUCCUGCAGAGUCACAGUUGGACAGAGAUGGUCAAUGGCAAUCUGUGCUGAAUUCAUUUACAGAUACCAGCAGCAACACAGAUGAAGAACCCCGACCCGGCCAGUUUCUUCAUAAUGAGAUAUCUAACCUAAGCAAAGAAAUGGAGAUUGUGAAGAGGAAGCUGGACAGAUUUCAGAAAAUAUGGRUCAAUAUUAGUCCAGUUCAAAGAGAAAGGGCUGUUAGUAGGGAAAACAUCGGAUCGGGUAGUACGGGGAUGUCAUUUGCACCAAAACAAGCCUCUUCUUUAGAGAUAGAGGAAAGCAAUGAGAGCCAGAGAGCAGCGGGUGGGUCUGAAAUCAUAACUACCUCUCUCAGCACUUUGAAAGAGCGAAAUGCAGCACUGGAGUCUCAGGUUAAGGAGUUAACAAAAAUACAUUUGGAUGAUAUAAGAGUGGAGCAACAGCUAAGAAGUGAAUUGGCAAACAGAAACCAUAGAGGGGUCAGUGAGACAAACAGUGGUAGAAUCGCAGAAUUGGAAAGGUCAGAGGCUGAGCUGCGCAUGAAAGUUUUUGAACUUCAGGGGAAGUGUUCCAGUUUCAAUGAGAAAAUACUAAGCCUUAAACAAGAGAGUAACAUAGCCCAACAGGAGAGAAAAGAGGCAGAAGAUGGACGAACAAGAGCAGAAGAAAAGGCAGAGGAGCUCAAAUGUAAAAAUGCAGAACUCGAAAAGGCUGUAGCCAAACUGAAAGACAAGAAGGCUGCUCAAGACACAAACGCAGAGAGACAAGAGACUUACCUACAAGACAUAAAGAAGAAGGAGAUGGAUAAUAACAAGAGUAUGGAUCUGCAGAAAGACGAAAUCACGUUCCUGAAGAGUCUUGUGAAAAAGAAAGAGCAAACAAUUCUUUCACUGGGAGAGAACCAACUGGUUCUUCAAGAGGCAUGCCAGCUUGCAGAGGGAAAGCUGCAAGAGGAGUUGAAACAAAAUCAACAGAAAUAUCAUAAGAUUCACACAGAACUUCUGAACUGUGUUGCAGCUAUUGAGGGAGAUGCAAUACCCUUAAAAGACACAACCAUACUACCUGUGGUUGAACAGGUAAUGUAUGCUUUGGGCAAAUUCAAGGAACGUCUCAGCAGCACUUUGGCCACACGCAAACAUUUGGAAGAGAAAUUAAAGGAGAAAGAGGAUGCUCUAAAGAAGGCAGAGCAUAAAAUUCUUUCCAGUGAUAGGGUCAUCAGUGAUCUGCGUCUGGAGCUCUCCUCUAGGAGACAGCAGCUGCACGCUGACCRAGCCUUGGCCCAAGAGUUAGCACCGCUAAGCAAAGCUAAAGAGACCAUGAACAAUCUUCAGCUUCAACUAGAAAGAAAAGAUGAAGUGAUAAAGAAAAACACCGAAAGAUUUACUCGAUCCUUGAAUGAACGAAAUGAGUCGAUGAACAAAUAUCAAAACGAAUUAGCAGAACUUCAGCACAAACUUAAUUUGGAAAUGCACACUGGACAGCGUUACAAAAAUGAGACUGAGGAGAUGAAGCAAGAAAUCAACAGUUUUAACAGUGAACUAGAUGUCCAGAUGGCGUUACGCACAGAGUGUCUAAAUGAAAGAGCGGAACUACAAAACAAACUCGCCCAAAAGAAAAUAGAGCUUGAAACUGUUAAUAAAGACUUAUUGGAGCUUAGACAGAAAUAUGAAGAUAUUUCCUCAAAACUAUCCAGAGAAAACACUUCACAAAAACGGGAAUUGCAUUUCAUGCACCAGCAAGCUGAAAGGGAGGCUGAAGAGUUGAAAGUACAUGUAAAAUAUCUUAAAGAUAAACUUCAGGCAGCUGAAAAGACGAUCAAAGAAUUCAGAAAGAAUGAAGACAGCAUGAGAAACAAAAUGAAGGACCUCACUCAAGAAAUCGAGUAUUUUCAGAAGAGGCAGAAAGUCAUUGAGAAUGAAAAGGGAAUGUAUCGUCGAGAAAGCCAUCGGCUCUCAGUACAGUUAAGGAGACUGAGCAGUGUCCCUCUAAMGCAGCUGCAGGAAAGAACCAGUGGUCCAACCACUGAGGAACUGCAAGCGAAGAUCAGAGUGUUAGAAAGUGAAUUUGAAUAUAGAUUGAAAACUAAAACAGAAGUGAACAAAGAAAUGAUCGAAUUUAGGAUGAAAAAGACAUGGCAGAAAAGGUUGGAGAUCCUGGAGACAUGUCUUAAGCAGAAAGAAGAAGAGAAUGAAUCUCUUUUAAAAAGACAAUCUACUCUCAGAAAUCUCCUCCAGAAACUGGAAAAAGAGAAAAGAGUACUUCAGAAUAAGCUCAAGCUUCAAGGGUACGGGAAACACUCACAGAUGUGAGUGUUUCCUUACCCGAGUGGGCCAACAGGAGUCUCUCCAAGACCUUCAUGUUGUGGGAUGUCAGGGCAACAGGUCUAUAGUCCCACCAGAACAGUGAGUCACUUCCCUAAUAACAAACCCUUUGUGAGCUAAGGUAAACAUUUAAAAAAGAGAACUUCAGAGAGCGAGACAGCAGAGAGUGACCGAGGAGCAGCAGAAGCAUCUCAAAGUCAUGAUUAGAGACAGUGUAAAGGAAACCCUAACCCUGGAGAGCAAAAGGAGGAUCUGAAGAUGUAUGUUCAUCAAAUGAGCUGAACACAUUCUUCAACAGAUGAAACAAGCUCAUCAAGUACUCAUCAUGUACUCCUACUCCUUUCCUGCUUCCAUCUACCACMAGUUUGUCUUCAACAAAAUCAGGAGAUGCUACUGCUCCCUUUGCCUCUCUGUCUUACUUUUCUGAAUCUAGACGUCAGGUGAAGAGGCAGCUGAACCAGAGCUGAAGGCCUGUGCUGAGCACUUCUGCAACACCUCUUCAACCUUAGCUCGACCCAGAAUAAGGUUCCAUUGUUAGGGAAGACUUCCUGCUUCAUGGUACCCAAGAAAGCUCACACAUCAGUCAUUAAGGAUUAUAGAACUGCUGCCCAGAUGUUUUAUGUCAAGGUCAUGGAGAAGCUCCAGUUGGCUUAUGAGUAAGCARACAAACGCCUAUACUGUAUGGGUCUGCUGCAGUUUGCUUUGUGCUGUGGAACUGAAGUUGAAGACGCCGUCAUGCACCUUCUUAASAAACCCUCUGUCACCUGUCGCUGCUGUUGUAUCGACCAUCCAGACCACUCAGGUCUUCUGGUUCUGGUUUACUCU